AUGGAUGGUGCUAGCACUGGAUCGUCUUCCUGCACCCCUCUUGGCAUCUCCCAUGGCGAUGGCGACACAGAGACGGCGCUCUCAAAGUUGCAGCUGCUGCCAUGGCUUCACGAAGCGGUAGUAAAGGUCGUCGCGGCUGAUGACGAUCGUGACGACCUUGCCGGUUCAGCGGCGGCGGCGAAGACAGGGAAGCGGCGGUCGAUGGCGCAGGCUGGCCUUCCGCGCGGCGUGAAGGUGUUGCUGAGCGAGGUGGCCGAGAUGAUCAGGACCAAGUUCGAGCGCUCUAUCCCGGCGGCCAAGUUCGGCCAUGUCGCCUACAUCAGAUGA